AUGUCUUCCUCGUCGGGUACACCGGAGUCAUGGAUCUCAUCUUUCUGUUCGUUGUUGGGGCACGAGUACUUUGCGGAGAUAUCGGAGGAUUUCAUAGAGGAUGAUUUCAAUUUGACCGGUCUGCAGACCCAGGUUGCGAUGUACAAGGAGGCAUUGGAGAUGAUUCUGGAUGUUGAGCCAGAGGAGGAAGAUGACGACGAAGAGGAGGAGGAGGAUGAGGGCGACGAGUCAAUCGAAGGGGAGGGCCGCACAAUUCGGAGAGCCGCCAUAGAACGAAGACACAACCGUAUGGACUCCAACCUAUCAAUUAUCGAAUCCUCCGCGGAAAUGCUUUACGGCCUUAUCCAUCAACGAUUCAUCUGCUCGCGCGCCGGCAUCCAACAAAUGUCGGAAAAGUACGAACUAGGCCAUUUUGGCGUUUGUCCUCGAACAUUCUGCGAUGGCGUCCGCACAUUGCCCGUUGGCCUGUCCGACGUACCAGGUGAAGACACGGUCAAGUUGUUUUGCCCCUCUUGCUUGGAUGUCUACGUUCCGCCAAAUUCCCGCUUCCAAACCGUUGACGGCGCUUUCUUCGGCCGAACAUUCGGUGCUCUCUUUCUCCUCACAUUUCCCGACUACGAUAUAAGCAAGAAAGGCCCAGAUUCCCUAGGUGCCCAUGGAUCCCGGAACGCAAUAACAAGCGCUAGCGAUGCCGAUGACAAGGAGAAGAUUAACGGCUUCAACGUAAAUAACUUAGCGCCUGGACUAGGAAGGGGGAAAGUGUACGAGCCGAAGAUAUAUGGCUUCAAAGUAUCGGAACGUGCGCGAAGCGGACCGAGAAUGAAAUGGCUGAGGGAUCGGCCUGUCGAUCUGAUAGAGUUGGACGAGGCUACUAUAUUCGGGGCCGUGGAGGAAAGCGAGGACGAUGCUGGAAACCUGAAUGGAGCACGGACGCAACCACGGCAAACACUAGGUGCCUCGAAGAAGGGUCGAAAACCCAAUGGCGGGAGUCCUAUGUCUAUUGACGCUAAUGAGCAACAAUUCGCUGGGUGA